CGCAUCUUACCUCGGCUCUGUCGCUUUCGUCGAGCUGUCAAUCUACCCUCGCUCAGCUCGUUACGUCCACCGAGACGACAUGCUUGAACGCACAGAGCCUCGUCGGGCUCGUCGUGUCGACGCAGAACACGUCUGUGGUGCCGACGGUCAACAGCUGGCUCACUGGGAUGUGCUCGCAGACGGUGUGCUCGAACCAGACGCUGUCGGACGUCGUCACGAACGUCACCUCGGGCUGCGCGAGCGACCUCGAGUCGGCAGGCCUCAGCACGUCGGACACCAGUAACCUCGUCUCGAUGGUGCAGCAGUACUACCCUACUGCGCGCAAGGCCGCGUGCUUGGCUGACACGUCGAACAACAAGACACUCUGCGCCACCGAGCUUUUGAACAAUAUCCAAUCGCAGGUGGGCACGAUCACGAAGGAUAACCUCCAAUCGGUCGUGUCGGAGAUCGAGGAAGGUAGUGUCAAGCUUGGCAGCAAUGUCACCUGCACGGAUUGCACCAAGGCGAUGUACAACCUUGCUGCGCAGGCUGAUCCGAGUAUCGCAAGUACCGUCAAUGGCACGGUUGUCGGCCAGUGCGGCGCCAGCUUUGCUGAUGGCUCCGAGCCGUCAACGAUCACGCAGACCGCGAACAACGCAGCCUCCAGUAGCACGAGCGAAACUGAGGGAACGGUCCUGUCACUCGCUGCACAGGGCUGUGCACGUCUGUCAUCCCCUUGAUAGCUGUCCCUACUUGUCCCCGAGCGGCGGGAUCCCUUCAAUUGGGGGAGCAGGUGCACGAGACACGACCUCAACUGUCGUGCAAGUGUUAGUGGCCCCGUCACUCACUAGCUCUGAUGCAUUUGCAGACGAUACAUAUGUCUCGAGCGACCUUAAUCAUCUCACGGU